UGUUUUCGUUAAGCAGAAUAAGUAGACCAGUCGACAUCUUUGAAAUUGAUCGCAUACUUGUACGUUAUGACUGUAUUUUGAGUUAAAAUUGUUCACCCCGGGCAUUUGUUUUGACAAAACUGACGAAGCAGAGGACCGAAAGGUUAUAUCUGGUUUUGUCCUGUUUUUAGUGAAACUCGUUUUUGUCUCUUUCAAAGAUGGGGAGUCAGUACCAGCGCUCAGUACCGCUAGAGGUGAGGAGAGCAGAGGGCGAGAGAGUUCGUGCUAAGCAUCCUGACAAGAUACCAAUCAUUGUGGAGAGGGCCCCAAGGUCACGAGCUCCUGAACUGGACAAGAAGAAAUACCUAGUGCCCUCAGAUUUAACAGUGGGCCAGUUGUGCUUCCUGAUCCGUCAGCGUGUGUCUUUGAGACCGGAGGAGGCUCUCUUCUUCUUUGUCAACAACUCCCUCCCCCCGUCCAGCUCCCCUCUCUCCGCUGUAUAUGAGGAGCACCAUGAAGAGGACCUGUUUCUCUACAUGACCUACAGUAAUGAAAGCGUGUAUGGUGCCUGAGGGAGGACAAAAGACUGGAGAAAGAGACAGAGAGAAGACAAGAGGAGACAAAGUGAGACUGUCUGAGGAAUAAAGAGUUAUGGCUGUUUGUAAUGUUUCACACCACUAUUAUUCUCUUUGAUAUUAGUUUUGAUAAGUAACUACAGUACAUGGUGGAAGAAAGGCUUCACACAAGGCAGAGGGAUUGCUGGUAGGUUUUUACCUUUGUCAGUAUUUCGGGUGUUGAGCAUAAUGCAUUUUUAUUACACUUCAAGUUAUGUUGAUCCCUUUCAUGGUGAAAGAAGAAAGAGGAAGGUUGAAAAGAAAGAGAGAACUCAUAUAAAAGGAAGUUAAUGAAAUUAUGUUGAGACAGCUCUCGGUAUCUUUCUCAGUCAUCUGUAUUUAAUGCAAAUAGUAUUUUUUCUUUUGUAAAUUAAUAUCAAACUUUUGUGGAAAAUAAAGAUGAAAACGCAAAAAUUCUGA